CUUUGCUGACAUCUCUUUUGCCUGCUCUAAGGCCUUUUUUGCUUAUAUCCUGCUUCGGGUCUGUAGAUCCGUGAGGUUGCAGGAUGUCUGCAAGGUGAACAGGACAUAUCUUUAAUGGGGAAAGCGUACUGGCACAAGCCAUCUCCAGUGCAAGCAGAGCAAGGAUUACAGAUAAAUCUUGAGGAACCUCAAAUGACUGUGCUUGAGGAACUUCCUAAAACUAUCUCAAGUAUUUUCCAACUCGAACAAGAGGAUGUGUUAGAGUGGGGAGUCUCAGAAGCAGAAAGCACAGUAUUUAAGUCUCAGGAAACUCUGGACGUUCGACCAGUGGAUGAAUCAAGUAAACCUUUGAAAGACGAACAGCCCACAGGUGAUUCCAAAGCAGCCAAAUGGGUGUCUUUAAAGGUGAAAUCAUCAGAAUUUUUGCAAAUCAGAGGAAAAGAAGUUAAGCGAACACAAAAAAGUAAAUUAGGAAUUCCACAUCAGAGACAAGGAAGGUGUUCAAAACCCCAGUGGGAUCAAAAACUACCUAAAAAAAAAAUUCUGCAAGACUACCCCUCUCCUACCCUUCAUGAUUUGUGCACCACUGUCCCAGCCCAGGAACUACCUGUUAACUUGCGCUUGGCUUCUCGAGUGUACCAUACAGCUGACAAGAAAGGUCAUGAUACUUUGCUUGCGAUAUUGGGAACCUCUUUCUUAGAUCAUCACUUUACAGAUGAAGAGCGAAGAGACAGAAUACUGCAAGGAAUUCCUGCUGUGGAUCGCAGUCAAGAAUAUGUUCCCGUCCUUCCACCACCACCAGUGGUACUACCGCAAUUGACACAAAGAACUGGACAGCUCACUCACAAACCAUACCUACAACUCUUGGGAGAGGAAGUGUCUGCUUAUCCAGGAUGUACAAAAUUGUUUUGGAAUCUAACUUCACCCAAAUUCUCUGUUCCAGUAUCUGUGAUGAAGGAAACUCUAUAUCCAAAAUAUGAGAGUGUUCAAGCAAGCAAAAUUUUAACUGAGAGAUUUUCAGCUGAAAGCAAGGAAAGUGUCACUAUUUUAAAUCAGCAUAGCAGAAGUUCUAGGUUUUUUUUCCUAAGAAAAUCUGCAUCAUUUGAAAAUAUCCAAAAAUGUUUCAGUACACCAUCUCUACAAUUAAAGAGAGUAAAAUCUGCAGUUGAAUUGAAGAAGGAGGAGGCCACAACUCCAAUAAAGAUUAAGGAUGACAUGCAAAGCAAUGUAAAAGACAUGAUAUUUCAGAAAGUAAAGCAGUUGGAGCAUAGAAUGACUCAGAAAAAUGAAACUGAGGAACCCUCUGAGAAAGAAAAUAUAGAUACCAUCUUAGAUAACAUGCAGGAGGGAAGGAGUUUGAGAGAUCUGUCUCUCUCUCUCAUUGAAGCAUCUAAAAAAGCUGGCCUUAGUUAUAUUGUUUAUCCCAAGAAAAAGAAGACAAGACUGAAGAAAAGACUGAAGCUCAGUAAACUUGCAGCCGUGUAUGAUGAAUUAUCCAAGCCUCCAAAAGUUCUUCAAAGAUCAACAUCUCAUGGGAUCCUUCCUGGACAGAGGAAAUAUUUACUCAAAGUUCCAUUAUAUGAACGUAAACUUCCUUGUCCCAGUCUACCUAUGUGUUUAAAUUUUGAUGAAUUUGUUCAAAGUAAGGGAGGAAUUCCAGAAAAUUGUAACCCUCGAACAUGGGUUAUUGAUAUGUUCUCUCAUCAUAAACAUCAGAAGACAGCCACAAAAAAGAAAGUUGUUAAAAUAUCUAUCCAUGAAGGCUCGUCUGAAAGAAUGGAAGAACCACCAAAAAUAGAAUUGAGUGAUUCUUUGAAGUCUAGUCUUUCUCCAGAAGUUAUCAAACAUUAUGAAUCUGAAGUGGAGACCUUGACUAAAGAAAUAAAUGAUAAGAAAAAAUAUCCUGCAUUUGCAUAUUGUAGGCGUGGAGCUAUUUAUAGGAAACUGGGAAAGUUACAGAGUGCCAUGACAGAUAUACAGGAAGCUAUAUUUUUGGAGCCAUUGUUUCUCAAUGCCUAUUGGCACCGACAUUUCAUUUAUCUCUUUCAAGAUAAAAUUAAUGAAGCUUUGGAUGAUUUGAAUUAUAUAAAUAAAUAUAAUAAAAAUAAUGCAGAGGCAUAUUUGUCAAAGGCAGAAAUUUACAGGAGAAGAAAAGACAUUACUUUAGCGAUUCUAAACUAUACCCAGGCAAUUAAGUGCAAGCCCAUGGAUGCCGACAUUUAUUUCAGGAGGGGUGAGAUGUAUGAAAUAGCAAACAAAUUACUGGCCAUUGAUGACUUUUCUAAAUGUAUUUUUUAUGAUCCCAAAAGAACAGAUGCAUUAUUGAAACGUGGGACAUUUUACUAUGAAAAUGAAAACUGGAUUUCAGCCAUACAAGAUUUUACAGCUCUAUUAAAUAUAGAUCCCCAAAAUUCUCAAGCCAGGACGUACAGAGGAAGAGCAUAUUUUAAACGGCAAUUUUAUAAGCAAGCAACUCAAGAUUUUUCUGCUGCAAUUCACUUAGAUCCUAAUAACUGGUUAGCUUUGUAUUAUAGAGCCUGCUUAUUUAGAAAGAGCAGCCCUUUUAGAGCACUACGGGAUUAUAGCGUUUCAGCUCUCAUAAAUGAUGGCUAUGAGAAUCUCGGUUGUUUUCUACAUCGGGGCAUACUCUAUGCAGAUCUAAAACUUUGGUUGCUGGCAAUCUGUGACUUUGAAACUGUUAUUUCUCUUGAAAGAACUGUUAUUUUGGCUUACAUAAAUAUUGGCCUUAUACAUCUGCUGUACUUGGAUAACUACUUUGAAGCUACUUGGCACUUUUCUGAGGCUAUUAGACUUGAUCCUUUAUAUAUUCAAAGCUAUAUUUGUCGAGCAGAAACCUAUCAGAAGUUGCAUAAACUGAAAAAGGCAGUAAGAGAGUUAUCUCGUGCUAUCCACCUUCAGCCAGAUGGAAUCCAAUUAUAUAUAAUAAGAGGACAGUAUCUUCUUAUGAUGAAAUGUUAUGAUCUUGCAAAGUUUACUAUUUAUCAAGUAGCAGAAAUGAACAAAGGUCUCAUUGAGUUGAGUCCUAUUCAGCAAGCACUCAUUUAUUCAUUUUGUAAAAACCAUGACAAGGCCAUUCAGGUCUUGGAUGGGAUCACUGUGAACAGGCCUGAGCUCACCAUGUAUACCCUAUUAGCAAAAGCCCAAAUGAAGGCCAAGAGAAACAAGGAAGCUGUGAGAAUGUUUAAAAAGGCUUUGGAUAUCUUUUCUCAUUCUGAUAAAGGACCAAAUGCCAUACAAGCUUCAGCAGACUGUCUGUAUAACUUGGGUCUUUGUUACAUGGAGGAAGGCAACGUACAAAUGGCUUUUGAUUGUUUUACAAAAGCUGUGAAAGCAAAUCCUGAAUUUGCAGAAGGCUUUUAUCAACGUGGGCUUUGUAAAGUAAAACUCCACAAGGAUAGCUCGGUCCUGGAUUUUAAUCGUGCAAUCACCCUCAAUCCGAAACAUUACCAGGCAUACUUAAGCCGAGUAGCCUUCUACGGUUUGAAAGGGAGGUACUCCAAAGCAAUACUGAAUUGUAACGAGGCCAUCAAAAUUUACCCUCAGAGCGUGCGCGCCUAUAUCUACAGAGGAGUUCUGAAACACUACAACAAGACUUAUCAGCUAGCAAUUACAGAUUUAACUACAGCUAUCAAUAUGGACAAAAACAGUUAUGUAGCAUUUUAUAACAGAGCAUUAUGUUACACCAAGAUAAAUGAACUUCGAAUGGCAUUAAUGGAUUAUGGAAUUGUGCUUCUUCUUGAUGCUGGAGAAACUGUGACGUUAAAUACGUUCAUUAAUCGUGGACUCAUCUAUGUAGAGCUGGAGCAGCAUAGUUUCGCAUUGGAGGAUUUUAAACAAGCUGCACUAAUAAGCAAGACUAAUGUGAGCCUUUGUCAAGCCACUGCCAUGUGCCAUCACAGAAAUAAGGAGUUUGAAGAAGCCGUUGAUUUCUUCACCUGGGCUCUUAAAAUUAAUCCCUGUUUUCUGGAUGCUUAUGUCGGACGGGGAAAUUCUUACAUGGAAUAUGGCCACGAGAAAGCCACUGAACAAGCACAGAAGGACUUUCUGAAAGCAUUGCACAUUAAUCCAACAUAUAUGAAAGCCAGAAUUAGCCUAGGCUAUAAUUUGCAGGCCCAAGGAAAAUUCCAGAAAGCGUGGAAUCACUUUACCAUUGCCAUAGAAGUGGAUCCAAAAUGUUACUUAGCCUAUGAAGGAAGAGCUGUGGUCUGUCUUCAGAUGGGUGAUAAUUUUGCUGCAAUUCAAGACAUUAAUGCUGCCAUAAAGAUCAAUACUACAGCAGAAUUCUUAACGAAUCGUGGUGUGAUUCAUCAGUUUAUGGGUCAACAACAGAAUGCAAUGAAAGACUAUCAAGCAGCAAUUUCUCUAAACCCCACGUAUUCACUGGCUUACUUUAACGCAGGAAAUAUCUAUUUUCACCACAGGCAGUUUUCCCAGGCCAGCGACUACUUCUCAAAGGCUUUAAAGUUUGAUCCAGAAAAUGAAUGUGCUACCAUGAAUCGAGCUAUUGCAAAUACGAUAUUAAAGAAAUACAAAGAAGCAAAAGAAGAUUUUGCAUGUGUGGCUGAAAGCUGUCCCUUCUGGGCUGCAGUAUAUUUUAACAGAGCUCACUUCCACUGUUGUUUAAAGCAAUAUGAAUUAGCUGAGGAAGACCUAAGUAAAGCCCUGUCUUUGAAGCCUGAUGACGCUCUAGUCUAUAAGCUUAGAGCAGAAGUCCGCGGAAAAAUCGGUCUCGUCGGGGAAGCUGUGGCCGACUAUGUUCAAGCGCUCAACCUUCAAGAGUAUGCCUCGGUGGUAUGA